GAUGAAAUUCAAUUGUUGGUAAAAUAAUUUUGUCUAAAACAGUUGUCUUGUAGCAUUGUUGCAUUUAAAUCUCUUCAAUGUGUAUUGUGGACCUGCCUGCUAAGGAUGGAGCAAUUAUCAGAUGAAGAGCUUGACCAUGGUGCAGAAGAAGACAGUGAUAAGGAAGAUCAGGAUCUGGACAAGAUGUUUGGAGCCUGGCUAGGAGAACUGGACAAACUCACACAGAGUUUGGAUUCAGACAAGCCUGUGGCACCAGUGAAGAGAUCACCUCUCCAUCAAGAAACCAACCUUGCCAACUUCUCUUAUCGUUUCUCCAUGUACAAUUUGAAUGAAGCUCUGAAUCAGGGGGAGACUGUGGAUCUAGAUGCACUCAUGGCUGAUCUCUGCUCCAUAGAGCAGGAACUCAGCAGCAUUGGGUCUCAUUCAGCAAAUAAUACUGCAGUGAAACGCCUUGCCACAGAAUCCAAAGUUCAGAAACCACCUAGUAGCCGUCCUUCUACUAAGCAUGGCAGUAUGAAAGGAUUAUCCUCUUCAUCUGGUAAGGUUACUAAACCAUCACAUGCCAACGUUUCUUUGGAUGACAUCACUGCACAAUUAGAGAAAGCUUCUUUGAGCAUGGAUGAGGCAGCCCAGCAGUCUGUAGCAGAAGAUGCCAAACCAGUAGUUAAUGCCCAGCACAGGAGGACAGCAUCUGCUGGCACAGUGAGUGAUGCUGAGGUGCGCUCAAUCAGUAACUCCUCCCGUUCCAGCAUAACUUCUGCAGCUUCCAGCAUGGACUCUUUGGAUAUUGAUAAGGUGACAAGACCUCAAGAACUGGACUUAACAUCACAAGGGCAACCAAUCACCGAGGAGGAACAGGCUGCUAAACUGAAAGCUGAGAAGAUUAGAGUGGCGUUAGAGAAGAUUAAAGAAGCACAAGUGAAAAAGUUGGUGAUCAGAGUCCACAUGUCUGAUGACAGCUCAAAAACAAUGAUGGUGGAUGAGAGGCAGACAGUGAGACAAGUAUUAGACAAUCUGAUGGACAAAUCACAUUGUGGUUAUAGUUUAGACUGGUCGUUGGUGGAAACCAUCUCUGAAUUGCAGAUGGAAAGGAUCUUUGAAGAUCAUGAAAAUUUAGUUGAAAAUCUUCUCAAUUGGACGAGAGACAGUCAAAACAAGCUAAUGUUCGUGGAACGUAUAGAGAAAUACGCACUUUUUAAGAAUCCCCAGAACUAUCUCCUGGGGAAAAAAGAAACCUCUGAGAUGGCAGACAGAAAUAAAGAGGUGCUGCUAGAGGAAUGUUUCUGUGGAAGUUCUGUAACUGUGCCAGAAAUUGAAGGAGUUCUGUGGCUGAAAGAGGAUGGUAAGAAAUCUUGGAAGAAACGUUACUUUCUUCUACGAGCUUCAGGAAUCUACUAUGUUCCUAAGGGGAAGGCAAAGGUCUCGCGGGAUCUCGUGUGCUUUCUACAGCUAGAUCAUGUCAACGUUUACUACGGACAGGACUAUCGGAACAAAUACAAAGCUCCCACAGACUACUGCUUAGUGCUGAAGCAUCCUCAGAUCCAGAAGAAAUCCCAGUAUAUCAAGUAUCUUUGCUGUGAUGAUGUAAGAACUCUACACCAAUGGAUCAAUGGCAUCCGCAUUGCUAAGUAUGGGAAGCAACUGUAUAUGAACUAUCAAGAUGCACUAAAGAGAACAGAAUCGGCAUAUGACUGGACUUCCUUGUCUAGCUCCAGUAUCAAGUCAGGCUCCAGCUCAUCUAGUUUGCCAGAAUCUCAAUCAAAUCAUUCUAAUCAAUCUGACAGUGGAGUUUCUGACACCCAGCCAACUGGACAUGUCCGUUCCCAAAGUAUUGUCAGCUCCAUGUUCUCUGAGGCCUGGAAGCGAGGCACGCAACUGGAGGAAUCCAGCAAGGUGCGAAUGGAGCCUGCAGGUCGGCCCUUCAUCUCUGUUGCACCUCCUGUGUCCCCACAGACAAAAGUGGUGACCCCCUAUUCAGCAUCACAGCCAUCCCCCCCACUACCCCCUCCCCCCCCUCCUCCUCCUCCGCCACCACCUCCUCCUCCUCCUCCGCCACCUCCGCUCCCCAGCCAGGCCGCCCCAUCUGCUGCCUCACCUGCUGCCAUGUUUGUUAAGUACAGCACCAUCACCAGGCUGCAGAAUGCUGCCCAGCACGGUGGGCCUUUUUCCAAGGCCCCUGCUGCUGCACAGCAGCCCCCCCUGCCCCCUCCAUCCUCAGGCAAGCCUCAGAUACUGGUGCCGCCCAAUGGAGUCAUGCCACCUCCCCCCCCUCCUCCUCCUCCCCCCACACCGGGCUCAGCCAUGGCACAACUGAAGCCGGCACCUGUUGCCCCCUCUGUACCACAGUUCACACCUCCACCACCCCCUCCCAAAAUCCAUCAGGUUCAACCAAAUGUAAGUCAGGUGGCUGCUGCUGCCUCACCAUUGCCACCACCACCUCCCCCUGUGCCUGCCCCACCACCACCCCAAGCACCCCCAAAGCCUCUCAUGACAGCUCUCCCCCCACAGCCUAGCAGGAAGGCAGCGUCACCAGGGGUCUCACACAUCACCUCCCCUGUGCCAGUUCCCUUGCCUCUUGCAAGUAAGAAACAGCCAAGUGUCACAUCUCCCCAGGUGCCUCCGCUGCCCCCGGCCCCUCUGGGCCCCACUCCUCCCCCAACAUUUCCAAAGCAGCAGAGUUUUUCUAUGAAGCCUCCCCCAUCACCUCAAUCCCCAGUGCUGUCAGUAGUGAAGCAGAUAGUCAGCCAGUUCCCACCUCCUCCCACCCCACCUGCCACUGAGCCCCAGCCUCUGAAACCCCUUCCUUUGAGUGUGGCUCCCCAGUCACCUCCAGCGGUGAAGGCAAAACCCAAAUGGCAGCCUGCCUCUGCUCCCUCACCGGAUUUCCCACCUCCUCCACCAGAGAGCAGCUUAGUGUUUCCUCCUCCGCCUCCUUCCCCAGCUACCUCUGCAGGUUCUCCCCCCCCUGACAAAUCAGGGUCUCCAGUCAAAAAGACCAGCAAGACAUCAAGCCCUGGAGCAAAGAAACCACCUCCAACACCUCAGCGGAACUCCAGCAUCAAGUCCACCAGCUCCACUGAGUACAGUGAGUCCAAGAGACCUUCAGUGGACCACCUUGUCAGCAAAUUUGCACACCCACCAGAGCCAUCAGGGUCUCCAUCAAAGGAGUCAUCACCUCCUGUGGCCCCUCCAAAGCCCGGAAAGCUCAAUCUCUCUGGUGUGAGCUUGCCCAUCGUCCUUCCGCAGGGAGGGAUCCCGGCCAAGGCUCUUGCUCCAGGUGUAUCAGGGAAGGAACCUAUGGUUGAAUUUCCUUCUCCGCCGUCGGAUUCAGACUUUCCACCACCACCACCUGAAAUAGAUCUUCCUCUCCCCCCCGUUGAGAUACCAUCCGUGUUUUCAGGCAGCACUUCUCCAAAAGUUGCUGUGGUCAACCCUCAGCCUCAGGCGUGGUCGAAACCAUCAGUUAAAAAAGCUCCACCACCCACACGUCCGAAGCGGAACGACAGCACUCGGCUGACACAGGCAGACGUCGCAGAGUCACCGGCAACACCUGGCCCCCAAGUGCCCACUUCACCCAAGUCUAGCCUUAGCGUUCAGCCAGGAUUCCUGGCAGACCUCAACCGGACGCUGCAGCGGAAAUCCAUCACCCGGCACGGCUCCCUCUCCUCUGCCCGGAUGUCCAGAGCAGAGCCCACUGCCACCAUGGACGACAUGGCCUUGCCGCCGCCCCCACCGGAGCUUCUGGCCGAUCAGCAGAAGACGAGCAGCUUCGGGGGCAGCCACAUAUCUGGCUAUGCAACAUUACGGAGGGGGCCACCCCCCGCGCCUCCCAAGAGGGAUCAGAACACUAAGUUGUCACGGGACUGGUAGUCGGUCACCCAGGGCCGGUGCUCUCCAUGACUUGUGGCUGCUCUGUGACCAGCCAACCCGUGAUGUUGUGCACUUGGAGAGAAUGUGGGGACGUGGAUAAUAGCCCUGUCAAAAGAGGUGAUCUCAAACUGUAGUCAAGGCUAAAGAUAGACAUUCCCCCCUUAUGGCUAGGCCAAAACAGUUGGGGGCAGGGGGUUGUCAGUAUUUUAUUGGGGGAGGUGGGUAGAGAGGUGUUGACUUAACAUUUUCAAUUUCUUUUACCCUUCAUAUGGAUUGGACCAAAAUCCCUUUUUCUUACUUUUUCUGCAUUUGGGGGGGAAGAUAAUUUUUUGUAGUGUCUGUCCAUGUGAGACAUGUUUGUGCAUGUAUUAUAAGUGUAGGUAUAUAAUAUAUUGUGAUAUAUUUCAUUGCAAUUAUAGAAGAUAACCAGAAUGUUUUUGUAGAUCCGUAUUUAUUGUUUCAGUCGCUAUGUUAUUGGGAAUCGGACUCUGUAACCAAUCUGAUUGUAAAGAUGAAACUGUCGGGGGCACUUUAAAGAAAGAAGGAGAAAGGAAGAAAGGAAAAAAAAAAAGCAGGGAAAACAAACAAACAAACAAUUUGGCAGUUUGUGAUGGGUAAAUGGUGCAGAGUUGAGUCUGCUAGUAACUGCACGCUGGUCAUUGAUUAAAAAUGCAAACACAACAUACCAAAACAUUCUGGUCAUAAUACUACUGAAAACGAGUAUGUUAUGAGGAAGAAAAUAGAUUUUAUAUAUAGUGGGCUGGAGUGAAAUAUAUUUAUACUAUAAAGAACCUCCCCCUUCCUUCCAAAUAGUUUAAAAAUAUACACUGCUACAAAUUAAUUUGAAGUUAUUUGUCCAUGAAUAACUAGGAGAAGUACAUCUAUUCCAAUCCAUUAUGCAUCUUGACUUUAUAGUAGGCUUGAUCAUUUGUUUUUAUGACACAAGGUGACUAUUUCUGUUAACCCCUUCUGAAAGCUGCCAGGACUCCUGCAACCAGUGCCGACCCACAAGGCUGACCCCUGUGGAUGCACCACUUGUACGUGUAACUCUUUCCCUGAACAAACAGGUAGGUUUUGGCAGUGUUACGUUCUCAACUGAACAUACCUAGCGCAGUCUCAUGCUGUCUGUGCCCAGUAAGAUGUGUUACCGUUACAGAAACAAGUGUCUGGAAACAGUUAAAAGUACUGUUUGUAAUUCAUUAGUAGCUGUCAGAAAAUAUUACUUUCUAGAAAGAGAGAAAGUAUUGGUAACUUGAGGCAAACACAGCUGCAGUUUCUUUUCUCUGACGUACCAGGAACUGUGACCAACACAUAGAGCUGUUAAUUAUGAAGUUGUACUUCUAACAGCCAAGGGGAGGACUGGAAAAAAAAAUCUUUGAGAGGCAAUAAUGUUUGCAGACAGUUUUAAGGGGCUGCAUGAGUAGGAAAUAUUUGCUUUGGUGUUUUUUUUGUUUGCCACAGAGUCACAAUCACGGCAUCAGGUACCACAGUCCUUUUUUUGUACUUUGGAAGUUUCACGAUGCUGCUUUAGCCAUGGUUUGGACACAGUAAGUUAGUGCAGUUAGCGUAAGUGCUCUUGUGUGUUAUGCAUGCUCCGUACAGGGUAGUGGUAUACAAUCUAUGUAGGUUAAGCAGAAUAUCGGGCCUGUACCCAGGUCAUCCUUGGUUGUUACAACUUCCUUGGUCACAACAGGGAUGCUGUCAAGGCUCAGAUGUCAAAAGGAUUUUAUUAUUGUUUACCUUUUCUCUAAAAGCAAGUAUUAUUACAUGCUUUCCUUCCCACAAAAAGUGAAACAAAGGCAGUAGUUUAACCUGACGGUGUCUUCAAGCGUUAAAGUAAGGUACAAGCUAAGCUCGUGGUAGAGAAAUUCUGGCUGAUAGAAAUAUUGUGAGAGGGCUUGCUGUUCCUUUUUUAUAGUUUUUUAAAAAUCUAAAUAAUAAAAUAAAUGUCUUUGUGAAUAAUUUAUCAAUAGGAAAAAGUUUGCCAAUUAGAAGGAAAAAUGACGCAUCUAUAACUAUAUAAUUUUAAAUAAGUGCAUCAUGAAAAGAGAAAAAUCAAUGGUGCUGUUUCUGCCUUCCUGUUUCAUAUCCCUUCUUGAAAUCUCUUUCAGCACCUCUGGAAAUUAUUUUAGUAUUUCAGACUAGUUUUUUUGAGCAAUAAGGAUAUACCAUUGUGUGCAUUUUUAAAGCACUGCUGUGGAAAGGCACUUUUUUUCUAUCUUUCAGAUUGUUCGCAAAUUUCUGUUUCUACUACUUUUGUGCUUAUGAAGUGUCCUUAAAAGCAUUUAUGUUGUUGAUUUUGAGCAUAGUCAGUAUAGCUGGCUAAUAAGUUAAUAGAAAAAUUGUUAAGCUAUACUGGAAUUCAUGGGUGCUGUAAUUUUCUACGUUGGUCCUUCUGCUGCUUUGUACUGUAUACAGCUCCAGGGGCUCGUACCCACCAGUGGUGCAAAAUGUGUGCAGACACAGUUACAACUCCCCAGCUGAUACUGGCAGUAGGCAGGUGGCACAUUCUCUGCUCCCUGGUAGGGUGCAAAUGUGAGUUGAUGCAGUGCGUGCUCCCAGACGAGAGCAAUCAGGGAAUUCUGCUUAUCUCCUCUUUCUUUCUCUGCAAAACAGUUCUGUUGGUGUGUGAUGGUUCCAUUUUUUUUUCUUCUGUUCAUUCAGUGCAGGUGCCUCUGGGAUUUGCAUUUGGCAGAGCAAUGUUUUGAGUGCAGGUUUUUCUGAGGUGUUUGAGCUUUGUUCUUUUAAUGUUCCUGUGCCCGAGUUCAUUUACCCACUAUCUCCCACGAGACGGUAAAUCCAUGCUUAAUUUUGCAGGCUACUAAAGAGCUUGCUGGGAGACAGAAAUUGAACACCAACUUUACAGCACAAAGAAUGAGCAUCAGCAAAGGUGGCACCCUUCUUAGUACAGCUUCCUUCAUUAGUAAGUAGUCAUAUAGAAAUAUAGCAAGUGGCUGCAGCUUUCCUUCUGAUGAGCACUGAAAUCUGGAUACAGAGUGGUUUGGAAAAUCUGGAUGCCUUUUCUCCUUCUGAGACCUGUUGACAUAACUUGCUUUUCUAGUGUAUUUACUGCUUUUAUGACAGCACAUCUGCAUGCCUUAUUUACAAGCUGUUUUUUGCCCUUGUGCACUGGUUUCAGAAUUCUACCAUUUUCUUUGCUAAAAUCAUCAGAAAACAAAGGAGCCAAAUUUCAGACAUGCAGGAAGAUGCUUCUUGCUGCAAAUGCGGGGCUAUGUUUUGGCACUGUUCAAAUGAACAAGUGAGGGCCGAGCUAGCACCCUCUGUACACAAAGAUGGCACAUGGUUUCAUCCUAGAAUGCUGAAAAUGGAUAGCCCUAAUUACAUGUAUGUGUACAAUUUGACUCAAUGUCAGGGAAAGCCUUGCUUCUGCAGGAGUUGGUGAAAGCAGAUAGUGGCAUUCUGCACACUCUGUUCCAGUGCCUGUUCUUUCAGAUUUCCUCCAGUGGUGACAUCUGCCUCUACGGGUAGCUGGGCUCUGUUCAUCCAGCAGAGAGCAGAGUUCACUCCGUGUGGUGUGGGCAUAGAAAGCAGGGGCUCACUGACUUCCCUUUAAUUCUGCUCUUGGGGGAUUGCUUUUGAAGGGAAAAACUAGGCUCUCCUAACAGCAGUAACAAGAGGAGAGAAAAGAUGUAACAAGAAAGCUCUUUAGCAAGUGGUUCUAAACAAAUAAUUGGUAAUACGUUUGAGAUGGACGUGCCAGUCUUCUGUUUUGCCUUUCAAACCAGGAAGGAGGCACAAGACCCACAAAAAAGAAAGUAAUCUAGUUAUUUCAAUUCUUUACAUGGAAAUUACCUGCUUUCCUCUGCGCAGUAGCUUCCUCGUGCAACAAAAGACUACUUGCUCUAACGUGGUGCACAGCCCCAAAGCCAAAGAGCUCCUCUCCUGAACUUACUGUGCAGUGUCCUGCAGAGCACCAGGGAACGACAACAAGGUACCUGAAUCACUUUGUCUUCAGGACUAAUGGGAGAGGGAGCAAUUUUUUAACAAGUGCAUUUUAAGAUUUACUGUUGUGGAGUUGCACGUGUGGAGUUUUGUUGUUGUUGUUUUCCUAAUUUCUUUGUUCUGUGCUCUUAGGCAACCAGGUAGCACAGAUCAGAGUGGCCAGUCUUGCUCUGGGUUAAAAUUAUUUCUUUACACAGUUAAAGGAACCAAAAGUGCUGUUUCAACUGCAGAAGGGCAAAAAAGAUUUUUUUUCUGCUUAUUACAGAAAACUGCAUAGAUUUAAAUUGUUGUACAGUAGUAAAGCAGUACUACAAUGCAGUAGUGCCAUUACUGGUAAAAUUCUCUUAUUCAAAGUAAGAUAAAUGGGUCUUACUUGAGCAUUACUUCCAGUAGUGAGUCACAUUAAAAUCAGUUGCAUCUCCUUGAUUAAUUGGGACAUUGUAUGGCUUUAACUAUAUCUUGAGAACAUUUGCUGUGGUAGAGAAUAAGAUUUACCAUCUGAAAAUAUUGCUAACAUAGAGCCAAAUUCCUAGAGCUGUAGUGGUAUUUUUAUUCAAUUUGUUACCUGCAGAAUUUUCAACACUUGAUGCUCUUCCUGGUUUUUAGUAUUUACUUCCAAGUAGCAGCAGUAGUUUGUAAAGGUAUUUUCUGUUUGGCAUAAAUAUGCUGAUAAGAUGGAAGUCACACACGUGUGCUUUCUUGCAGUUCUGUCUCAGUCCAAACAUGAGCAAUGUGAACUCCUGCCAGAAUGUAGUAAAGACAGUGAAGAUGUGAUCAGAACAAAUGAGCAUUUUUGUUUUCUUGGUGGUGGUUUUUCCUUUUUUUUUUUCCCCUCUCAUUGUGAAGAUGUAGAGUUAUAUUCUUGUUCAAACAGUGCUCCUGACCUGGGGACAAGGGCAGUUUUAUUUCUUUGGUUGUAGGAGCUUCCUUAUUUGUGGCUCCUGGUGUUCAGUUUUGUGUUCCUUUUUUCACUUGGAGUAGACUGCAAUCCAGAGAGCAUUUAACACUACAGCUUUCCCUUACAAGCUUCUAUAAAAUGCUGGUGCUUUUUAAACUUUCUAUUUUAGAAGUAUAAGUACAUUUUUCUAAAACAAUUUUCCUUUCUGAAUUCCUUUUCUCCUUUAGUUAAAAAAAAAUAAGUGACAAAACCAGCAUUACAGUGCAGGGGUCAGCACUCACUAAUACUGCAAUCCAAUGAGACACAGGCUUUGUCUAGUUUUGAAAAGUUUUAAGCCACUAAAUUGCAAAUGAUUGGCCAUCAUAUGUAAAAUUAAAGUAACUGCCACUAAUGUGAGAAAAAUAAGUAGGACAAGGAUUCAGUGAGCUCUGUUUGUGGGAAUUGUAUGUCCUCAAUGAGGAGAGCUAGAGAAGAACUGGAAGGAACAGGAGCUGGUGCUGCAUCUAUGCCCAGUCCCCUACAGCAGGAAUUUAGUGAGGGGAAUGAGUGAGAAGAAACUGGAACAACAGAUUUUGGAAACCCCCUUAAGUGUUAACACUUAAAGGCAACCUGUCUGUUGCACUUUGGAAUUGAACCAACUGUUCCUUGGAGUGGAAAAUAGUUCUCUCUCACUCAGGAAUUCCGAAGAUGCCAAAGAUGCAUUCAGAGCUACAUUUCAGGUACGCAGAUGUGCUUGCAGCAGCUGCUCCUGAGGCUAAGCUGCCAGGGGCUGCAGCUGCUGUGUGGCAGGAGAGCAGGGCUGCUGCUGUCAGCUGCCCUGCAGCCCUUGCUUUGACUCACCAUUGUAGGUAAGUGAGUACAGAGUACAGACGUGCAAGGGGCGUGGGCAAAGGCCGGUUUAGCUAGAGAACCUGUGCUCAAAGACUCCCUUGUUGCUAAUUUGGUGCAGCACUUUUUAAAUUAAAAGUAAAAGGAAAAUCAAUACUUUCACAAGUUACAAUUGUAAUCUUAGCUUUCGUCCUAGUGGACUGCCAUGGAGCAGAAAUUAACUGGAGCAGCGGAUUGUUUUAUGGCUUACAGUAACUACUGGUAGCAGCCACUAGUGAUAUCCUGUACGAUACUGGGGAUGCAAAUGUAAGAAGAAAGUGUCACUGCAAUGAUGAUCUGUCUAUACAGCAAACUUGUGAUGAGUGCUGUAAAUACAUUCAUGUUUACUGCUUUAAAAAAGAAAAUUGCACAUUCUGUCUUUCAAUGGGAUUGCCUCCCCUCUUCUUCCCUUUCCAAAAAAGAAAUAUCAAAGCUCUUUUAGACUGCUAGCUUCAGGUUGGGGGGAGCUUUGCCAUAUUAUAAAUAUAUAUAAAUAUAUGUAUAAAUAUACUUUUUUAAGCAUGAGAGAGGACAAAAGAAAUACAUUAUAGAGUACCCAAUAUAGAUCAUUAUACAAUGGAAUAUGCACAAUUCAAUAAAGAUGUAGUUAAAUUUAAUAAUUUGUUUUAA